CCCUGGAGAGGAUGUACGGAAUUGUUUAAGAAAGUUUGGGACCUUUUUUUUCUUCUUUUUUACCUCCUUUUUUAAAAUCCCGUGGAACCAGCAGGUCACUUUUUCUGUGUUUCAUCCAUGAGUAUCUCUGUGCUGCUGCUGCUCGUCGCCGCACACUCUUCUUGCACAGGAACAGCGGCCUCAGCAAACAAUGUACCAAAGAUUGUAGCCUCUGCAGGUGAAACUGUCCUCCUGCCCUGCAGCAUCACUGCUAGCGACGAUGUACCAGCAGUGGAGUGGAGUAGGGAGGGUUUACCUCCAGAUAUUGCCUUCCUGUACCGAGAUGGAUGUGAGACCUUCGAGAUGAAGAAUCCAGUCUUUCGGUACAGAACAAACCUCAUCAUGAAUGAACUUCACCAUGGGAACCUGUCAAUGGUGAUAUCCAACGUGCAGCAAAAUGACAGUGGAAAAUACCAGUGUGCGAUUGUUAGGAACACGAAAACGGUCAUCGCAAGAGUGGAGCUGUUUGUAGGUGCUGUUUCUGAGCCGACACUCUCAGUUGUUCCAGAUGUGGGAGGUGGACUGACUCUGCAGUGUGAAGCCAGGUGUUGGUUUCCUGAGCCUAUGAUUAGAUUUCUUGAUGCUCAGGGAAAUGAAAUCAGUGCUGAAGACCCAAAGAGAGAUAAAGAGUCUUUGGGAUGCUUCACAGUCAAAAGAAGAGUCACUCUGCAGACUGCUACCAACAGGGUCACCUGCAGAGUUCACCAGCCUGAGGUAAACCAGACCAGGGACUCAGAGAUUUACAUAUCAGAUGAAUGCAUGAAAUCCUCCACUCGAAUCAUCGCAACUGCUGUGGUAACGACCAUCAUGGUGCACACAGUAAUCUGUGUUUUUACUGUGCUCUUUUUAGUCCAGAGAGGUUACUUGUCUGUGGGAGGACAAAACUCGAGCUCGGAGAAAGACGAGAUCAAGCGAUUAACUAAAGAGCUGAACGACCUCAAAUCCAGGCAGAGUCCAGCACAACAGUCCAGGCAGUCCUCAAAUAACCCUAGAUCCUCACCAGGCACCUCUGCAUGUGGCAUCCCACCCCCACCAAAGUCUCCCUACCAAAGCAAGCCCCUCAAGCCAGCAUCCUCAGCCAACGGCAGCCAUCCAAAAUCUGGCACCUUACCCCAGACCAAGGACUCAAAACCUGUUGCGUUAGGACAAAAUCCAGCACGCAGCCCACAGAUGAGAAGAAGCAGUCACGGUGGCAGUUCUGCUGUCUCAAUAACUAAUGAUGCUGUGUCAUUCACUCCUCUAGAUUCAAAAGAAAAGCCUUUUCCCCGUUCAACUAGUCUGUCUGUGAAACGGACUCAUGGAGUCAUUCCAAGGUCUCCGCGCAGGAAUACUCUCUCAGGCAUUUCUAACAACCCCUACGGUGUCCUGGCAGAUUUAUCUGAAGAUGAAAAUCUGAUUGGAUAAAGAGUGAUAACUAAAUGUGAUCAGGCAGGUUUGAAAUUUGUAUAAUUGAAACAAAACAUCUCAGGUUAGUGACUGAAUCUUAGUAAAAGCUGUCAGUUAGAUGGGAGUUUGGGAGGUUUGGAAAAAAAAAAAAGGAAAAGUAACGUAUGUGUACAAAAUUCUUGAUCCCACUGAGCCUCUAAAGCCGGCUGAAUCAUCAGCUUUGAGCAGUUAAGAUCUCUGUAGCAGAUUACUCUAAAUCUUUGCAGGUUGAGAGUGAUCUAUAUUGUAAUAGCUGUUACACAAGGCUGCCUAUAAGAAACGUUUUAAUGUAAUCUAUUUAUAAAAUAGAAAUUUGCAAUAAGUUGUUGAUCACUACUAUUCCUGCAAGAUGCUGACAUUCAGUCACAGUAUUUGGGUCAGAUUGACCCUCAUUUACUAGUUUAUUAACAGCAUGUAGACACAAAUCUGUUGUGUGUGUUUUAUCCCCAUUCCCAUAUAGUUUGUUCAUACUUUAUGAACAAAUAAAGGCAAGCACUGCCAACAUUUAAAAUGAAUACUAUUUUACCACUACUACUAUUUUUCUUUUACUUGAGCCACAGUGAAUGUCUCAGUUCAAUGCACUUAAUUUUUAUAUUUAUGUAGUACAAAAUCACAGCAACAGAUUGCCUUAAGGUGCUUUAUAUUGUAAAGAUCCUACAAUAAUAUGAAAGUGUGAAUUAUAUUCAGAGCCUCUGUUACUUCAGCCUUACUGCUUUUCCAUCACUUUGAUGGAAAGCACAAAUGCUUUAAGUGUUUACUUUUCACUCUUGGGACUUUGUUGAUGGGAAUUAAAUUCUUGUUGUUUCACACUUUUCUCUUUAAUGUGAUGUUUAUAAAUGAUGUCAUUUUGCAUUUGUGUUUCAUUACAGCAAUUUGACUGAUGGGGUUUUGUACAGUUUCAUGGUAUAAAAGUUAAAUUUGUUAAAAAAUUGAUCGUGCUGCAGUCUUUGUGCAUUAAAAUGAGACUAAAUAAAACCAG